AUGGCUUCUACCGCUUCAAAUCCAUCCACACUUCUCCCUCUCGAACUCGUCGACAAGUGUAUCGGAUCCCGUAUUUGGGUCAUCAUGAAAGGAGAGAAGGAAAUCGUUGGAACUCUUACCGGUUUCGAUGACUACGUGAACAUGGUCCUGGAGGAUGUCGUUGAAUAUGAACAGACACCCGAAGGAAAAAGAAUAACUAAACUAGAUUCAAUUCUUUUGAAUGGUAAUCACAUCACUAUGUUAGUCCCCGGAGGAGAAGGACCAGAAGUUUAA